AUGCCAUCAAUAUUCGCCGUUACACUGCAAAUGCCACGAGGUAAUACUGAGACUAUUUACCCUCGCGCUCUUGUUCUUGCCGGAAUUCGCAACUUACGUGUCACCAACAUCUCUCGGGGGUUCAUGUUGACGAGCAUUUACAGGAACGAAGAUGUUUCUGAAACGUUAUACAAAAAUACCCUUAAAAUAGCUGUACCUGAUGUAGCUGUGUCUGAUGCACCCAAAAGUGAGGCGCCCGGGAAUGCGAACAAAACAGCGCCCCAGGAUAACAAGGUCAAUCGAAUUUGUGACGCAUUCUUAUCCGUGCUUGCCAGCCGAAUCGACACCAACCUCCGAAAUCUCGUUACAACCCACGUGUGCAAAUCGCCCCCUGACCUAGAUUCUGGGCUUCAACUGGUCGCGAAGCUACGGGAAAAAAGCACUGGGCAAGCAGAGGAAGCUGUUGAGCAUAUGUGUUUCCUUACCGAUGCAUAUAGACUCUAUGACCAUGCUCUAGGGUUAUAUGACCUAGAACUUACGUUGAUGGUUGCCCAGCAAGCCCAGAAAGAUCCUCGAGAGUAUCUUCCAUUCCUUCAAAAGCUUCAGGCUAUGCCAACGCUUCGCCGUCAAUAUGAGAUCGACAACUAUCUAGGACGAGUGCGAAAAGCGCUCAGAAGCUUACAUACUCUUCAAGCCUAUGAAGAGCUCAAGCUCUACGCCAUCAAACAUACAUUAUACAAUGAUGCCUUGGAACUAUACAAAUACCAGCCUGAGCUUCUUCGCGAUAUGUCACACUUAUACGCUGACUAUCUAUACGAUCAGUCCAAUUACAAAGAAGCUGCCAUCAUCUAUGAAUCCCUCUCCCUUUACGAGCCUGCCUACCAAUCCUACAAACUCGCCCACCAAUGGCGAGAAUGUAUUUACUGUGCUAGCCUCGUCCCCCUCUCGAAAGACCAAAUGAACUCCCUGGCCCACUCCCUCGCCACAACUCUAACAGACGAAACAAAGGACUACAUAUCCGCUGCCCACAUCCACGCUCAGCAUCUCCAAGACAUUCCAACCGCUGCACGCCUACUCUGUUGUGGCAACCAAUUUGGAGACGCAUGCCGUCUCCUCGUCCUUCAUGGCAAACAGUCACUCGUCAACGACAUCGUGGAUUCAGCCCUGGGGAACGCAAUGGGCAGUAUGAUCCAUCUGCUCGCCGACUGCAAGGCCCAGCUCAAUACACAGGUGCCAAGAAUCCGGGAACUGCGAGUCCACCGCGCCAACGACCCUUUGGGAUUCUAUGGUGGUGACCCGACUGCUGGAAUGGCUGAAGGUGAUGCGGAUAUUCCCGAUAAUGUAUCGCUAGCGCCGACCGACGCGAGCACAAUGGCAGGUCAGAGUAUGUUCACACGGUAUACAGGAAACACAUCCUCGUCGCGGAAAACGAGCAAGACGAGGCGGCGCGAGGAACGCAAACGCGCACGUGGGAAGAAAGGGACUGUAUAUGAAGAGGAGUAUUUGGUAAAUAGUGUACGACGGCUUAUUGAGAGGGUCAAUGGUGCAAUUGAUGAGGGGGAAACGCUCAUUCAAGCAUUGCUAAGGAGGGGGAUGAGGGAGCGGGCGGCGUUGGUGCAACAUCAUCUGGAUGAAGUUUUGGGAAUGUGUAGGGAUUGCUUGGACGAUGUGUUUGAAGUGACCAAGGAGAAGGGCGUUGGCGUUAGUGGCACCGACGUUGAAGGAAGUAUCGGUGACGAUGGUGGUCUAGGAAGGGAGCGACCAUCUGGUGGUGAAGGGGUGUUUUGGGAUAGCUUGCAACAGAGCCUUAGGGGGAAGGGAAGGGAGCCUCCUGUCAUCAAGGAGUUUAGAAAAUUAGCUAUUCUGGGUGGAUGA